CCCCCAUCACCCCCUCACCCACCCAUCGCCGCCACUGGCCUAGCGGCUGGGAGCUGCAGGCAGCUGCCCCGUGGUCGCGCGCCGUUGCUGUCCCGGACGACGGCCACGCAUUUUUUCUUUCCCGCGCUUCAAGCCGGAGGGAGGGAGGUAUGGCGGUGGCGGGUACGGGGGUGUUCGCGGAGAUCCUCGAGGGCGAGGUCUACAGGUACUACGCCGACGGGGAGUGGCGCGCCUCGGCCUCCGGGAAGUCCGUCGCCAUCGUCAACCCGACCACGCGCCAGACGCAGUACAGGGUGCAAGCAUGCACCCAGGAGGAGGUGAACAAGGUGAUGGAGGUGGCGAAGGUUGCGCAGAAGGCGUGGGCGCGCACCCCGCUGUGGAAGCGCGCGGAGCUCCUGCACAAGGCGGCCGCCAUCCUGAAGGAGCACAAGGCCCCGAUUGCAGAGUGCCUCGUCAAGGAGAUCGCCAAGCCGGCUAAGGAUGCAGUUUCUGAGGUGGUGAGGUCCGGGGAUUUGGUGUCAUACACAGCUGAGGAGGGUGUUCGGAUACUGGGAGAAGGCAAGCUGCUGGUGUCUGAUAGCUUCCCCGGCAACGAACGGAACAAGUACUGUUUGAGCUCCAAGGUUCCUCUUGGAGUAGUGUUGGCAAUCCCACCAUUUAAUUAUCCUGUCAACUUAGCAGUCUCCAAGAUUGGCCCAGCACUAAUUGCUGGCAAUGCUCUUGUUCUCAAGCCUCCAACUCAGGGAGCAGUCGCUGCACUACAUAUGGUGCACUGUUUCCACCUUGCUGGUUUCCCAAAAGGCUUGAUAAAUUGCGUCACUGGGAAAGGUUCUGAAAUUGGCGAUUUUCUUACAAUGCAUCCCGGAGUCAACUGCAUAAGCUUUACGGGAGGAGAUACUGGUAUAGCCAUUUCAAAGAAGGCUGGAAUGGUCCCACUUCAGAUGGAGCUUGGAGGAAAAGAUGCUUGCAUUGUGUUAGAGGAUGCAGACCUGGAUUUAGUGGCAGCAAAUAUAGUAAAAGGAGGCUUCUCUUACAGUGGCCAGAGGUGUACUGCUGUAAAAGUCGUGCUGAUCAUGGAAUCUGUUGCUGAUAUCGUGGUAGAGAAGGUCAAGGCCAAGUUGGCAAAACUGACAGUUGGCCCACCUGAGGCUGAUUCUGAUAUCACCCCAGUUGUAACAGAAUCCUCAGCUAAUUUUAUUGAGGGUUUGGUCAUUGAUGCAAAGGAGAAAGGAGCAACCUUUUGUCAGGAGUAUAGGAGAGAAGGCAACCUUAUCUGGCCGUUGCUACUGGAUCACGUCCGGCCUGACAUGAGGAUUGCUUGGGAGGAGCCAUUUGGCCCUGUCUUGCCUGUGAUUAGGAUCAACUCGGUUGAGGAAGGCAUCCACCAUUGCAACGCCAGCAAUUUUGGGCUGCAGGGAUGUGUGUUCACCAAGGAUAUCAACAAAGCAAUCAUGAUCAGCGAUGCGAUGGAGACCGGAACCGUGCAGAUCAACUCUGCACCGGCUCGAGGACCUGACCAUUUCCCCUUCCAGGGCCUGAAGGACAGUGGAAUUGGAUCCCAGGGGAUAACUAACAGCAUAAACAUGAUGACCAAGGUGAAGAGCACCGUCAUAAACCUACCAUCUCCAUCCUACACCAUGGGCUGAGGUGGUCAUGUAGAUGAAUCAGAUUUCACACGAGUAAAAUGUAGAGAAUUCAAAUGUUUUUGUAACCACGUGACAUUUGUACGCUAUUUGCACUACAGUUCUCCCUGUAUGUUGUUGGCUCCUUUACAAUAAAGAAUAAAGCAUGUUGAAGUACGA